AUGGGGAACUGUCAAAAUUGUUUGAAUCAUGAAGCAGAGUAGAUAGAGAUAGUAGUAAAUAAUCCAACAGUUGAAGAUAUGCCAAUAAUGCAGGAAUAAUAACCAUUAUUGGUGUUAGAUGUAAAAACCUGGUAAAAGGAGACAUAUAGUCUUUAUGAUUACGAAAACAAUGCAUUCAUAAAUUGUCAAUAAAUAUCAAUUAAUGGAAAUAGCUAUUUAACAUGUAAAGCUAACAAAGUUGUAUUUAAUGAAGGAUCUUAUUCAACAAAUAAGUAUAAAUUAGAAUCAUAAUUAUUAUUUUAGUGAGAAUAAUGACUAAGCGCUUCUUUUAAAUUUAGAAUUUGACAACGAUAGAUUUUAAUUACUUAAUUUACGUUUUAAUAGACGUAUGUAAACUAAAGAAUUAAUGGAUGAAUAUUAAAAAGAAGUAAAAUAUUAUACAUAUUAUUAUUCUACAGGAUGGAGAUAAUAAACUCUUAUCUGAAAAUUAGACUAUACAUGCUGAUUUUUAAAUGAGUUUUAAUUUUUAGAAGUUGCGUACUAACACUAAUAGAUAAUUCGUUUGUGAAAUGCCAAAAUCUUCUAAAAUUUGGUUAGUUACUAGAUCUAUCUAAAAUAAUAGUUCUUAUGAAGGAAUUAUUCUAAAAGUAGGAGAUGUAAUCAAAUUAGGAAGAGUUAAACUUAUUAUUUAAGCUAUUUAAUUACAUUCCUAAAUUGAUUAAGAUAAUCUCGAUGAUCUAUCUAUGUGUUCAGUAGAAGAUAAAAAUGAGGAUACUAAAUAAUGUAGAGUAUGUCUCUCAACUGGAGAAACAUAUACUAAUCCACUUAUUGAUCCAUGUAAAUGUUGUGGAGGUACUAAAUAUAUACAUAUCAAAUGUUUAUUAAAAUGGUAUUUAUUUAUUUUAGUUAUUCUUUAGGAUUUAAUAAAGUUCUCAUUUUAAUAGCAAUGCUUAUUGUACUAGACUCAUUUGGAAAUCAUUAGAAUGUGAAAUUUGUAAAUAUUAAUUUCCUCCUGUUUUUGAAAGAGAUGGCAGAACUUUUAAUCUUAUUGAACUUAGUAAGCCUAAAGAACCAUUUGUUAUGAUGGAAUUUCUAUAAAAAAAAUAACAUGAUAAUCCAUCUCAUAAUAAUGACAGAAAUGGAGUUUUUAUUAUUAAUUUUGCUACCAAAAAAGAAUUGAGAAUUGGUAGAAAUCAUGAAGUUGAAAUUAGUAUUGCUGAUAUAAGUGUGAGUAGAGAACAUGCUCUACUUAAAUUAAUUGGAGAUAAAAUUGUUUUAUCUGAUAAAAAAUCUAAAUUUGGAACUCUUGUUUUAUUACAGAAUAAUAUUACUCUCUCCCCAUAAUUAUCAGGUUUAGAGAUAUAAAUUAAAAGAACACUUAUUAAAAUUAAUAAUAACUAAAGUACUUAACUCAUCUAAAAAUCAGUUGACUUUGAAUAACUUUUAGGAAGAAUCGAUUGA